AUGGUACGAACCCGCUCUGGGAAGGAGUCCCACCCCGAUGACUCCCAAAUCCCUCCCAUACCACCCGAUGAAAACCACCCUUCGAACGAGAUCCUCAACCCGCAGCCGCGCCUCGCGAUGAAGAAGCAACGGUCCGAGAAAGCCAAGGCCCGGUUCAUCGUCGACAAUGACGACUUUACCGGUGCAGUUCAACGAAUGCAUCUGGACAGCACCAAGCCAUCGUUGUCCAAAACAUUUUCUCCUGAAGAGGUAGCCUCCAGUUCCAAGCCUUCAGAAAAGACACUUCAAGAAGGCCCGGCGGAAUCGAAAGGCGAUGGUACUGCAGCGACUCCAUUGGAAAAUAUCCCUUCUAUGUGGGACGACGUCGGCUACCUUGACCCCGACUUCAAGCCCUCGGCCAUGAAGGUCGCCACCCUCCGGAAUGUCCUCUGUCGUCACAACAUCCACUACAGUUCUGCGGAUACCAAAAAGACCUUGGUAGACAUCUUUGACAAGGAGAUAACGCCCCGGGCAGCUGCCACAUUGACGGCCAUGGGCAAGAUAGCCCCUAGCAGCGAUGGAAUCGUGGAUGUUCAUCAGGGUAACUAA